UGGCAAUCCCGACAUGACACUGAUAGCCAAUAGGAUGCAAGUACACGGAUCGCUCUGCCUUCUCUCUCAUGGUGUCCGGCCUGUUCUGGUCCGCCUUUUCCGUCCCCCAAGGAAACCGACCUAACCCCCCCUCUCUCCAUAUAAAAGGACGCGCCCUGACGUUUUUUCCCUCCCAUCAUCGCUCAAUUUCCAUCACCACCGAGAAAAAGCAAACAGUCCAAAAACCCUAGCAAAGAUCCGGCGAAGAGGAAGCCAUGGCCCGUACGAAGCAGACCGCUCGCAAGUCCACCGGAGGCAAGGCCCCCCGGAAGCAGCUCGCCACCAAGGCUGCGAGGAAGUCGGCCCCGACGACCGGAGGAGUGAAGAAGCCCCACAGGUACAGGCCGGGGACGGUGGCGCUGCGUGAGAUCAGGAAGUACCAGAAGAGCACGGAACUGCUCAUCAGGAAGCUGCCGUUCCAGAGGCUGGUCCGUGAGAUAGCGCAGGACUUCAAGACGGACCUGAGGUUCCAGAGCCACGCCGUGCUGGCGCUCCAGGAGGCGGCGGAAGCGUACCUCGUCGGGCUGUUCGAGGACACCAACCUGUGCGCGAUCCACGCCAAGAGGGUCACCAUCAUGCCGAAGGACAUCCAGCUCGCCAGGAGGAUCCGCGGCGAGCGUGCUUAAUAAUUCUGGAUAUUUUAGGGCUUUGAGAUUUGGCAUUUUCGAUUUCCGUAGAAGAUUAUAGGUUUUCGCUGUUCGAUCAGUCGGAAUUCGUCUUUUAGGGUUUCUUUUUUUUUUAAAAAAAAAUUUGUGUAAAGAACAGUUAUAUCAGUCGAUAUAGUUUGUUGGCUCAAUUGAAAUUGUUGACCCCUAGUAA